AUGGAUGACAUUUUCGGCAAGAAAAAGGAGGUCGUCCCCAUACUGGACCUCUCGAAGUCGAGCGCAACGACGCGGGAAGAGUUUAAGCGCAUGAUCGAGAAGGUGCCGGACUAUAAGAUGCGCCCGAUCAAGGUACGGUCGGAUGAGAUCCGGUUCAAGGAGAAGGAGUACGGGUUCAAGAUGCAGAAAAAGGAAUUGCGGAUGUUGAUGAAGAAUGGUGGCGAACGGGAUAAGCUGUACGCGUACAUGGAUCCUAUACCGGGCGAGAUGCGCAAUUUGGUCAUAAUGGAGCUGUGCAGUGUACCGAUUGAUUGGAAGAUGCUUACAAGCCAGCGGCCCAAAACAAAAGUUGAGGAGGAUUACUUUAGCAAAUUGGUAGAGUUGGGUAAACUGCAGAUUAAAACAAUCCAACGUGACAAGCGGGAAAAUCUGCUUGCCACCUCGGUACGGAAGGUGAAAAACCGCUCCGGCAUUAUCGAAUCGCGCGUUUUUACAUGCAAUGAAUGUAUGGAGGAGUUUUGUAAUGGUAAAACAUGUGCCGACUUCAACUACGACCUGUACACGCGUGUCGUUCCGAAAGCGCCACUGCUGAAAACCAACUCGCAGCAACAAUUAUCACUCAACGGUGGUACGGGUGGUGGUGGGGCCGGUAGGAUGCUGGGCGAUCUGCACCAGAAAAGCAUCGACAGUGGUAGCGGGACGGCAGCCGCUGCGGGCGGUGGUGGCAAGAAAGGUCGCAAAGGGGGACGCAAGAAGGGAUCCAAAUCGAAGGCAAAAUCGGUGGAGGCGAUCGAUGAGGAAGGCAAUCAGACGGCCGGUACGAAUGGGACGGGCAGUCACGGCGGUGGCAAGAAAAAAGGCAAACGGUCGUCACGUAGCAAAACGCCGCCAAAGUCAAAAUCGAUGGAAAAGUAA